AUGUCUGGCAGAGGGAAAGGAGGCAAAGGACUGGGGAAAGGCGGAGCGAAGCGGCACCGUAAAGUGCUUCGCGAUAACAUCCAGGGCAUCACCAAACCGGCCAUCCGCCGCCUGGCUCGCCGUGGCGGUGUCAAGCGUAUUUCGGGCCUGAUCUACGAGGAGACCCGCGGGGUGCUGAAGGUUUUCCUGGAGAAUGUGAUCAGGGAUGCUGUCACCUACACCGAGCACGCCAAGCGGAAGACGGUUACCGCCAUGGAUGUGGUGUACGCUCUGAAACGCCAGGGCCGAGCAGGCCCUUCGGCCCAUCGUGUUCGUACCGGCCACCAAGCCAUGGCCAGGACCAAGCAGACAGCGCGCAAGUCGACCGGAGGGAAAGCUCCCCGCAAGCAGCUGGCGACCAAAGCUGCCCGCAAGAGCGCUCCAGCCACGGGCGGCGUGAAGAAGCCCCAUCGCUACAGGCCCGGCACUGUGGCUCUGCGGGAGAUCCGCCGCUACCAGAAAUCCACCGAGCUGCUGAUCCGCAAACUGCCCUUCCAGCGCCUGGUGCGGGAGAUCGCUCAGGACUUCAAGACCGACCUGCGCUUCCAGAGCUCGGCCGUCAUGGCCCUGCAGGAGGCCAGCGAGGCUUACCUGGUGGGGCUCUUUGAGGACACCAACCUAAGCAUUAUGUCUGGCAGGGGUAAAGGAGGCAAAGGAUUGGGGAAAGGCGGAGCAAAGCGGCACCGCAAAGUACUUCGCGAUAACAUCCAGGGCAUUACCAAACCGGCCAUCCGCCGCCUGGCUCGCCGUGGCGGUGUCAAGCGCAUUUCGGGCCUCAUCUACGAGGAGACCCGCGGGGUGCUGAAGGUUUUCCUGGAGAAUGUGAUCAGGGAUGCUGUCACCUACACCGAGCACGCCAAGCGGAAGACGGUCACCGCUAUGGAUGUGGUGUACGCUCUGAAACGCCAGGGCCGCACUCUCUAUGGAUUCGGCGGCUGAACAAAUCGACCUGACUCUAUAACACUACCCAAAGGCUCUUCUAAGAGCCGCCCACAACCUCGCAUUGAGAGCAGUGACCUCAGAGCGGGAGAGGGAAAAGCUCGAUGUAGUUUUAUAAAUAGACAGCUUUGUCAUCUGCGCAUUUUCCAGUAACAAUAUAAUCGUGAGUCACACAAAAUUCAUCGUUUAAUUUUAAUUUUGUUUUCAGGAAUUCGCUUCCUUUAUACCUGCCGAAACUCGAUUCAAAGCUUGACUGAGGAACAGGACAGAUUCCAAAAUAACACCCGAGUUAACAAGAUAAAGGCCAACAUUUAUUAUACUUUGAUCAGGAGUAACUAUUUUGAGACACAUUCUCGCUUCAUCGUACUAUUUUCACCAUUUUUUUUUCUUCGCUUCCUCUUCCUGUGUCUUUGUAACAUGACAGGGCCUGGAAGGUACCAGUAUACGAGCUUUAUAUGGAUCAGCCUGUAUCGAUGAAGCAUGUUGACUGUUCACAGGAAGCACUUUAUUUAAGCUUUAUUCUGGCCUGUUUGAGAGCCAUCAGUGAUUGAAUCCGAAUUUAAACGGGAAUGUAAGGCAAAUAUUGAGUGUCCCUUACCGCGGAAUAUGUUUAAAAGAGAUCUUGCAGCAAGCAUGAGACAGAAUAUUACCUAUUUACUGAUUGAAAGAUAAAACUACCUUUAAUCAACUCGAUUCUGCAUCCCAGGCCGAACCGAAAGGUUAACUGGAAGCUCUGCUUUUCGUGCAUGGUUUGGACUGUGAAGAUGCAUUUAUGCAUUUUGCGGAAGACAGUUAAAAAAUUUAAACAGAGAUAAACAUGGUUUACAAAAAGGGUGCGCGAGAACCCCCACCCACAACACCUACCCCACUAUUAAAACA